AUGAGACAAAAGGAAGAUAAAGCUUUUGCUGAGAUUCUCAAUCGUGUAAGAGAAGGCAAACAUACUGAUGACGAUAUGAAUAUUUUAAAACAACGAGUGCUGAAGCUGAGCCCUCAUCAUCGUGACUAUCCAAUGAUAGCUACUCACUUAUUCAGCACUAACAUGUCUGUGGAUGAACACAAUGAUGAAAUAUUCAAGAAAUCAACGAAUGAAAAAGUGCAAAUCAAAGCGAUCGAUAUUGUGCUCGGUGAUUUAUCGGACGAACUCAAAGAAAGAUUAAAAAAGCAAAUCCCAAAUGAUCCAACCAAAACAAUGGGUUUAUAUUCAGUAUGUCGAGUUCUCAAUGAAGCUAAAUACGAUCUUACGACGAAUGUUUCAGUAACUGAUGGUAUGACGAAUGGUGCAGAGUGUGUUAUAAAAAAGAUCGACUAUCGAGUUAUUGGUUCAUCGAGACCAAGUAUUAUCUGGGUUCAGUUUUUAGAGGAACAUAUUGCAAAGAAAUACCGCGCAGAGUUCGCUUAUCUUUACAAUGAGAACAUUGAAAGAACUUGGACUCCAAUUUUAGAAGUAACAAGACAGUUUAGAAAACACAAAGUACAAGUUAUUCGAAGACAAUUUCCUUUGAGACCUUCUGCUGCCAAAACAAUUCAUCGAUGUCAGGGUGACACAUUACGUGAAGCAGUUGUUGACCUUCCAUCACAAAAGAGAGAACAUAUGCAUUACGUAGCUCUAAGCAGACUCAGAAGCAUCAGUGAUUUGCAUAUUUCUUAA